CAGCUGACGGUACUACUUUAGAUAGUACUAGGUACUGGUACUCGCAGGUUUAUCACGUGUGGUACAUGCACUAGUCGUACCUAAUGGCAAAACAAAUAGUAGAGAAGGUAAAAUUAAAAUAUUUACUAGGAAUAUGUAUGCCGUCGAGUAAAACGUAUGCAUCAAGAAUUCAAAUUCCUGUAUACGAAUACGAUGAAUACUUACAUAUGCACUUUAAGAAAAAUAACUUCAUAUAUGCUCAUGACCCAGAUAGAGUUUGCAAAGUCGGAGACACCGUUUUGGUACAAAAUUUGGAAGAAAAACUGACCAAACUCAUCACACAUAAAGUUAUUGAAGUUAUUUAUCCCGUUGGAGAUAUCACUGAUCCAAUUACAGGUAAAAAAGUUGCAGGUAGCGUAUACAGAGAUGACAUCGCAGAAAUAAAUAAAUUGUACGGCGAAUCAGAAAAUGCCUUUAAUUAUGAUAAAGCACCACCUAAAGGAUAUCUAGAAGAUAAAAAAGAUUUUACACAAAAACCAGUUUAUAAAAAGUAUUAUGAAGAUCCAAACGAUCCCCAACCUUACGGUGUUUAAAAAUUUAUUGGAUAAUAGAAUUAAUUAAG